UUGGCGCGCCAGUUGGCAGUUAACAGUCAUCGCGAACGGUCGCCGUUGUCUUCAAGUCUCGAAGCUCGUGGCGUUGCGCUAUCUUCCUCGGCUGUAUCAUCUCUCUUGCGCGUUCGAGGUGCUCGGAUUUUCGCGGUUGAUUGUCCCGCCAAUCAUUCUGAGAGGUUGAAGUUUGUUUAUUUCGGACCGGACAGCUCGCUUUCCAGGUCUUGUGAUCUACUGGACGGUGAUAUCUCGGUUGUUAUUACGGCCUGAUAAGAGCAGCAGUUUGCUGAAUUUGGUUGCCUGAAGGGCAUCCCAAGAGUGUAGAUCAGCCGGUGUCGAGUUCCGCGAGACAUUCGCCAUCGACAGGCUAUCAACAACCGUGUAACGGAUUAGAAAUAGAACACCGCUGUCUGUCUACAGUCCUGACCGUUGGCCUGAUCUUUGCGUCGUUAUUUUCGUAACAAUUCGCGCAAACUGUGUGCUUUUUUCUCAGCAAAGAGAUCUCUUUGUAUAAUUACAUCAGUGCAGUGUCAGUGAGUUUAGUGUGCGAAUCUCUGUGCUCCGUACAAAACCGUGUGAGUGUUAUUUUUACCCAGAAUCCGCAACCUUUUUUUGGCGCUGGUUAUUGUUCCGGAUCUCUUCACGAGGGCAGUAAAAACAUCGCGGCAUCAUGUUUCCGACCGCAGCCAGUUUGAGCAAGUUUUACCAUCGUAUGAGCAUUCUGAUAACCGUUUUUAUUACCGUGAAUUUGGCGAAAGUUAAAGCGGAAAACUGUGGCCAGGAGGAGCUGGCACGAUGUGCGAGGCCGUUUCAAGUGCUUCAGUCCUCCACGGAUCUGUCGAUAGCGACCAAAAAGGAAGAGCUGGACAAAAUAUGCCCUGACCUAACAACCGGCCUGCAGUGCAUCCGCAGCUACACCCGCCGUUGCAUGACCCUGGAGCAGCGGGAUCGUUUCAACAAGCUCUACAAUGGCACCCAUCAAUUCGUGCGCGAUCUGUGCCGUGAGGGUCCCUACCAGAACGAGUUCCUCUCGCACGCCCCGUGCCUGCAGCGAGUCAAGCCCGACUACGAGGUCUGUGGCCGGAAGUACCACAACACGGUUUCGGUCAUCACUCAGCAGCAGCACCACCAUGAACAUCACCAGGCCCGACACGAGAGACAUCACCAGCAGCAGCAGCAGCUUCAGAACCAUCACACGACCGACGGUCGGAACGCCGAAGAAGACGUCCGGACGGUGUGCUGCUCGUUUAUAGAGUAUCUGGACUGCUCGGAGGGGGCGGCCAAGAAGACGUGCGGAACGGACACGGCACGGUUCACGCGGGGCUUCCUGGAUAAGAUGUCGUCGACGCUGAUAACGAUGUACUGCGAAGACUACUACCGCUCGAACAAGUGUCCCUCGACACAAUCAUCAGCCGCGAGCCAAUCCUCCAGUUCCCUGCUGCUACUAAUGCUGAUGGCCCUCCUCGUGCCAACGAUCCUAACCCAACUAAACACGUGGUACUCGGCAACGGUCAGCAUAGUCCGGUUACGAUAAAGUUUAAUAAAUUGACGUGAACAAAAAAACAAGCUAAACAACAAACCAAUCAACUACUCAUCUCAGCUCUACUCAGAAAUUAAGUUCAGUUCAGUCAGCUGUUAGGGUAAUUGAUUAAGUUUAAGGUGCAUGCACACCCCUCCUGAUUAAGCCCGUAAUGGGGUCGACCUCCCAUCAAACGCGCAAGAACGCACGUGUUGCGUAACGUGCAGUCAAAUGUGUCGUUAUCUACGCGUUACGCGCCAAAAGGUCUCGAGCAAUUAGUAUUAAUUAACUUAUUGUGCGGAAUUAGUUGCUCUCUCUUGUUUUCUAAUUUAUCUUGACCAGACAUCACCACAGAAGAAGUUGAGAAACUGGGUCAGGGUGAUUGCGUAUAGUUCAAAACAGGUUCAAAAUAGUGAAGGAGGAUCCACCUAUUCUAUCACACUCAUAAAAUGGACAAAAUUAACAAAAUGUCAUGUGCUGGGCACCUUUCGGAAACAAUUCCUUACCUAUCAAUCCAUCUGAGAAACUAUAUCUAAACUAAAAACUAUUAAAUAAUUAAACAUAGUGAAAAUGGUUCCGUCUUUAUUAGUUCUUACGUGCGGUUUUUAUUCAUAACAAAAUAGUUUAUUUUAGUGAAAAUAAUAAGAAAAAAAAGUUACGUAAUUAAAAAGAGUUGUAAAUAUGUGACACUGUUGAGUUUGGAUGGCGAUUAUUAAGUUAAAGUAUAAGAUUAGGGUAAUCGAGCAACACAAUUGAAAAUAGCUUUAGGUAAAAAAGAAAUCCAGUUUCAAGUGAAGUGAAUUUAAGUAAACAAUCUAACACAAACCAGGCAUAAUGUCACCGUUAAACGAAGAAAAAAAAAGAAGUUAAUUAACUAUCGGCAGAUCAGCUGAGGCGUCGUCAUUAUUAG